GGAUACUUCCGUCAUUUUGGGCGCGCACGAUCUGAAUGCUAUUGAAGAGAGCCAGCAAAUGUUUGGAGUCAUAAGCUAUCACAAACACCCCGGUUAUUCCAUAAUAAGUGGUAUCCCUUUCAAUGACAUCCUUCUGCUGAAGCUGGACCGUGAAGCUGAACUGAAUGAAUACGUCCAAAUGAUCCCUAUCCCAAAGUCCACGGAUGACCUUCCUAAAAACACCCGAUGCUCCGUGGCGGGAUGGGGCCGGAUCGAUGCCACGUAUUUUCCCACACCGAAGCUCUUUGAGACCAACGUGACGGCCCUUGGCCGUAGAAAAUGCCUCCAGUUUGACCCAGAACUUAUUGACGGGAUGAUGUGUGCUGGCAGCCGGGCCACGAUAUGUGAUGUCAGCAAC